AUGAAUAGCGCCCUCGUAAUGAAGAUUGGUUGGUCCCUCUUAACUAAGCCGCAUGCAUUAUGGGUUCGGCUACUCCUUGCCAAGUAUAAACUGAAUCCCACUGUGAUGACAACGAAAUAUGUAUUUUCUAAGGGUUUAGCCCUUCUCCGAGCCAUCAGUAUGGUGUGGUCGUUCGUGCAUUCUGGUGUGCGGUUGUCCGUUGGCGAUGAAGUAACUGUCCGUUUUUGGUGGGAUAUUUGGACACACAACACCCAACCUCUUCUUUACGAGGUGUUGGGCCCUAUUCCAGAUCAUCAACUCGACUGGACGGUUAGAGAUUAUAUCGAUGAAUCAGGACAAUGGAAGUGGGAACUUUGUAGCCAUCUAGUGUCGGCCGGUACUUUGAUUCGCAUUGCAGCAUUCCCGCCACCAUCCCGGCUGGCUGGGCCUGACACUAUGUACUGGGAUUUUUUGGAAAAUGGAUGUUUCACAACAAAAUCGGCUUACUUGUCGUUGGUUCAUACUUAG